CUGGGACCACAUGACUGGCGCGGUCCGGGGCGCCGUCGCUGCGGCUGCUAGCGAAGUUGGAUCCGAGACCCGGGCCGUGCACCCUUCAAGAGCGCUCACCAUGGCGAUGCACUUCAUCUUCUCAGACAAGGCCGUGCUUCUGUUUGAUUUCUGGAGUGUCCACAGUCCUGCAGGCAUGGCCCUCUCAGUAUUGGUGGUUCUGCUCCUGGCUGUACUAUAUGAAGGCAUCAAGGUUGGCAAAGCCAAGCUGCUUCACCGGACUCUGGAGAGCCUGCCUGUCUCCAGCAGCCAGCAAGUUAUCCUGGAUACAGAUCGGGAUUCUGCAAGUUUGGACUCACCCCGGGCUAACAGAAGGCCCUUCAGGUGGUUUCUGUGCUACUUUGGCCAGUCUUUGGUUCAUGUUGCUCAGGUGGUCAUUGGCUACUUUGUGAUGCUGACUGUUAUGUCCUACAACACUUGGAUUUUCCUGGGUGUGGUCCUAGGCUCAGCUGUGGGUUACUACCUUACCUACCCACUUCUCAACACGAUGUAGCUGGCAAGGGAUGCACAGGUGCUGAUGGCUGGAAGGGCCACUCUGCCAGACCGUACUUCCACUCACAGCCACUUCUGAUGGCAACUACUCACCGUCUUUUCCAGUUCCUGACAACUUUGAGCUGAAGCCAGCAGGUCCUCUCUGGAGCUCUGAGGCCACUGCAUCCACCUCCCAUCUCCACCAACCUACUCAGGGCCAAGCCUUGUCUGCUGCCUCAAGAAGGCAGCUGUGACCAAUGGGAGAAUGGAGAGAAUCGAGGCUUGUAGGGGAGAGCAGCUGAGCCUAGCAAGCUGCAUGUCUGAGUCAGAACGUGAGCAUUUCCAAAGACCUCCGGGACAAAGAGGGUUCUGGGUGAUGAAGGCCAUGGAACCCACAUGGCCUCUCUUCUACUUUGUGCCUUUUCUACAGAAGCAUUUUCCAUUGGACAAACUGACCUCUUUUGUGCUUAGAAGGACAAAAUCCGGGCUCUUUUGUCUCACCUUUAAGCCCUGGGAACACAUGAAGAUCGACUCUUCCAUGAAUCAUGUUGACAAACUAAGAUUUCUCGUUUUUCCCACUCAACUCCUGGUUGGCAAUUUUGCACAUUCAGUCAAAAUAAAAAUUUUAAUGGUUUCAUUCUGUCCAUGACAGACGGCAGUGUCUGCCGAGGUCCAUCUCCCAUUCUUAGGGAAAGAUUGGCAGCUGAGAGGCAAAGACCGCAGUCUGUUCCCAAGGCUGCUGGCUUGUCCUUUGGGCACAGUGAGCUCCCACCUCAGCCUGAUGGCCAGGGUACUGAGGGGCUCUUUAUGGCCUUAAUCCUUUUAUCCACAAUAGAGAACUACUUUUAAUACUAUUCAGUUAUUAAUGUUCUUUAUUUAUUACUGCUCGCUCAUAAUGAUCCAGUGAAGAAACAUGAUUCAGUCCUUGAAGAUAAUAAUUAAGCCACAUUGGGUGGGUGGAUGGGUAGACUGUUGAUUGAGGGUGCAGUAAACAGACAAACCAAAGUGAGUAUAUUUUUCGAGUUGGAAAAUAUACUGCUAUAUAAUACUGUAAUGUCUAUGCUUAGGCACCUCAUGGGCUUGGUGGAAAGAUGCUUUUAAGCUUUGGGAAUGAAAAACAAAUACAUUUUAAUAAAUAUAUAUUUUUAAACAA